UGCACGCAUCACAGCUGCUCCGAGAACUCAAGGUCUCUGUCCAGCCUGAGACGCUUCGAGUUUAGUUCCUCACUGAGUCUAUUUUCAUAUCUGUUCAUACUGGAUCAAAUCUUCGACGCUUUGAAUCGAAGAUUUUCUUCUAUCUACUUAUAUUGAUUUAGGUAUCAUAUCUGUUUACCUGUCAAUAAGUAUUCUGGGAAACUUGUAAAUUAAUUAUUAGUGUAUAAUAAGUUAACUUCGAAGCCUGAUUUUGUAAUUGGCUGGAAAAUAUUCUAAGAACCGCGCACAAUUUCACGGUUCUCGCAUGUACAGUGUACCAGGAAAAUGAAAGAUGUGAGGAAAGCGACAAUAACCUUCCUUGGCAAAACGUGUCUCAUGAACACAUUGAUCAAUAAAAAUAUACUUUUUCAAAGACGAAUACAUUUUCUAUAAUUGUACAAUUUGAAAAUAAUGGAGCUAUAUGUAAGGCUACAUCUAGUUCUUGGAACCAUCGCCUCGAUAUUUUUACGAAGCACUGAAGUGACCGCCAGCUUGGAAGACAUCGCUUUAAACUCAGCUGAAGAUUUAAAAAUGAAUAUGGGCGAUGGACCACAAUGGCUCAAGGUGCUUGUGGAUUCAUCGGCAAGUCUAAAAUCCCCCGCAAAGUCCCGACAAAAGCGAUUUUUCUUCCCACUGGAGUUGCCGCCUGGACUUUUCUUUGAGGUCAAGUGGUUUAUCCAGGUCCCUGUCGACACGUUCACUCGCUUCGGCUUGGACCUGCAGUUCGCACUUCUGCUUGACCAUCAAUAUCCUCGAGAAUUUAUUCACAGAAAUAAAGGAAUUCCUUUUCGUGAAAUUGUUCCUAGUAUUUACAGACCAUUGUUGAAGCGCCCAAACCUAAUAGAUACAGGGUUUGGUAAAGAAGACGCGGAAAAAAGACAGGAUCACAUUUUGCACAGGAAGAAAAGGGCAACCAAAGGAGAGAGACAUGCAAUUUACAGGGUGCUGGAGAAAUACAUAGAUGGGGCGAGUCUGCCGGCGCGGGCGUGUCUGCUGCGCACCAUCUGCGAGGUCGCGGAGACGCCGCUGCAGGACGACCUUCUGGGCAAGCUGGUCACCGCCAUACUCAAGUAA